AUGAACAAUGGAAGUCCGGCUCCUUCUCCAGUUGCUCAAACGCCCCAGGCGGGUGCCGUACCCAACUCCCCGUCGCACUCCGCGAACAUGGACAACCCUCUCCCUUAUGAUCCCGAUGCUCCCAAGUACUUCUUCCAGGAGAAAUAUGCCCCCUUGAAUGUGAAGGGUAACUUCUUGACCUUGUGUGCCUGUCCCAAGAACGUUGAGCUGGGAGAAUGGUUGGCUCAUCAGAUUGUCGAACAAUACCGUCUCUUGCAUGGCAUGCUCCAGGUCAUCCAGGAAGUCAAUGGGGUCACUGGCCUCCCCAUCUGCAAUGAAGCCACUUGCCCCACCAUGUCCGCUGGCCGUCUGACCUACACCUGGCUUGUGGAUGGCCGUGCCGCCAAGAUCUCCGCUCCCAAGUUCAUCAACCGCGUGGAGAAGUGGAUUGUCAGCAAGAUUCAUGACCCUGUCAUGUUCCCUACCGAUAAGGUGACCGGCGUCCCGGAAACUUUCGCGCUCAAUGAAGUCGCCAGUACCAACCCUCCCAGCCCGGCUGCUGCCUCCAAUGGAGAAGAAUGGAUUGGCAAGUCCAGCGGUUUCCCUCCAACCUUCUAUAAGGACUGCCAAGGCAUCAUGAAGCAGAUGUUCCGCUGCUACGCCCAUCUGUAUCACGCGCAUUGGCUCAACCCGUUCUGGCACAUCAACAAGCACGAUAUCCUGAACAUGUGCUUCGUCCAUUUCGUCACCGUGGCCAAAUACUACCGACUGGUGUCCGACAAGGAAAUGGAGCCCAUGCAGCCCCUGAUCGAUCUUUUCAUCAAGCAGCAGAGGAUCCCCCCUGAGGCCCUGGCUGGUGGUCACUGGGGCCAGCCCAGUUCUAGCUGA